UGUGGUCAAAUAUAUGGGCACUAACAGACUGAUUCUCAGACAGUGUUCCUAGGCUGGUAAUUCAUUUACAGAACAUACCCUGACAACUGGAGCUAUUUUAACAGUCAGAAAGACAAGUUGACCAUCAGACAAACGCUGAUUUACACUUUCCCCCUCCUACACCUUUCAAGACUAGGCUACCUUCAUCUACCAUGACGACACCUAACCAGAAUCGAACCCCCUGCGGCGUGAGCACGCCGCUCUCCCCCAACCGCAUCACGCGGCUGCAGGAGAAGGAUGACCUGUGCAACCUCAAUGAUCGUCUGGCCGUCUACAUCGACAAGGUGCGCUCCCUGGAAUCUGAGAAUGCGGGGCUGCGGCUGCGCAUUACUGAAUCGGAGACCGAGAUUAGCCGGGAGAUGAAGGGCAUGAAGGCUGCUUAUGAGGCCGAGCUUGCUGACGCCAGGCAGACUCUGGACUCGGUGGCCAAAGAGCGUGCCCGCCUGCAGCUGGAACUAGGCAAGGUGCGGGAGGACUACAAGGAGCUCAAGGCCAGGAACACAAAGAAGGAGUCCGAUCUGGUGGGGGCGCUACUCCGGCUGAAGGACCUGGAGGCUUUGUUGAACUCUAAGGAUGCAUCCCUGACCACUGCCCUGGGAGAGAAACGCAACCUUGAGGCAGAGGUCAGGAACCUAAAGGCCCAGCUAGCCAAGCUGGAGACCAGUCUGAGCGAUGCUAAGAAGCAGCUGCAGGAUGAGAUGCUGCGGAGAGUGGAUUUAGAGAACCGCAUCCAGACAGUAAAAGAAGAGCUGGAGUUCCAGAAGAACCUCUACACUGAGGAGCUGAGAGAAACGAAGCGACGCCACGAGUCUUGCAUGGUGGAGCUGGGUAACGGAAAACAGGAGGACUUUGAGAGCAGGCUGGCCGAGGCCCUGAUAGAGAUGCGCUCCCAGCACGAGCUACAGAUCAAGAUGUACAAGGAUGAUAUAGAGAAAACCUAUACAUCUAAGUUGGAGAACGCCCGUCAGUCUGCUGACAGGAGCAGCCACCUGGUGGGGGCAGCCCAUGAGGAGCUGCAGCAGACCAGAGUACGCAUCGAGUCUAUGUCUGCCCAACUCAGUCAGCUGCAAAAACAGUUGGCAGCCCGUGAGGCGAAGGUGAGGGACCUGGAGGAGGCGUUGUCUCGUGAGAGGGACACCACGCGCCGUCUGCUGGGGGAUAAGGAGAGAGAGAUGGCUGAGAUGAGACAGAGGAUGCAGCAGCAGCUGGAUGAGUAUCAGGAGCUGCUGGAUGUCAAACUGGCCCUGGACAUGGAGAUCUGUGCCUACAGAAAGCUACUGGAGGGAGAGGAGCAGAGGCUGCGUCUGUCUCCCAGCCCUCCCGCCAUGCGAGUGACAGGAAGUGGAUCAGGCACCCGUACCGUCCACUGCAGUUCCUCUACCAAGAAGCGGCGUCUCAACAACACCGACAGUGAGGCCUCAGGCCUGACAGGAGGCGCAGUGGCGCGAACACGCAUCACCCAGCAGGCUUCUGCCAGUGGACGUGUCACUGUGGAUGAAGUGGACCUGGAUGGGAAGUAUGUGUUGCUCAGCAACAAAGCAGAUGAGGACCAGAACCUGGGAAACUGGCAACUGAAGCGACAGAUAGGCUCCGGCACCCCCGUCACCUUCAAGUUCCCCCCUAAAUUCACCCUGAAGGCUGGACAGAGGGUCACAAUCUGGGCAUCUGCAGCUGGUGGCAGCCACAACCCCCCUUCUGACCUGGUGUGGAAGACCCAGACCUCAUGGGGCAGUGGAGACCACUUCCAGACCACUCUGAUCAGUGCCAACGGAGAGGAAAUGGCUACGAGGAAGGUGACCCGCACCCUAUUUGAUGAAGAUGACAUGAUGGCCCAUAGCACAUGCGGAGGAGAUGGUGAGUAUAACCUGCGGAGCCGGUGUGGCUCCUGUGGCCUGCCCGCUGACAGCAAGUCCAGCGGCGGCUUCUCUGUGUCCUCCGCCUCCCGCUCCAUCCGAAGUGGGGGCAUCGCUGAGGGUCUCCUCCCACACUCCUAUGUUGUGAGCAGCAGCACGUCUCGUAGGAGUGGAUCUAGAAUGGAGAACUGCCCCAUCAUGUGAAGCCUUGAGUUCUAACUGGUGCACAUGGACUCCAUUUCAUCUCAAUUUUAUAUCUUUUUUUAUACUCUUUAUCCAAUAAAGUUUUUCUAACUUUAUACAUUGUAAUAGAUUCAGACAUGCACAUGCAUUUGAUUUAUGUUUAGAUCCAGACAGAGCACAAAUAAAGGUUAGAUUAAUUUGUUGGCAUGAAAAUUAGAUUUAACCACUGCCAGCUAUAUAUUUUCCCAAUGGAUCCCUGCAUGUUACAGUAUGCCUCCAGUCUAAUCUGGAACACAUCUUGCUUCUAUUCAUGUCACAAUUAAUAAAAUAAUAGAAUAGAAUAACUAUGCAUGGAUCAAUACAAUUGCCUCAUGUUGUUUUAA